GAUUAUUAAUGGCUAGACUAGGAUCAUCAACGCGGGUCUCAAGUCAAAACCAGCAGAUAAUUGCCCUCCAUAAAUAUCCCACUAUCCUCUCUUCCGAAAGCCUUUCGUUCUCUAUCUCUUAGCGAAACCUCUCGGGUUGCGAAUUGCGAAUCGUUAGGAAAAGAGUGAGUUGAAAGAUGGGUAAAAGGAAAUCAAGGGCUAAGCCACCCCCAAAGAAAAGAAUGGAUAAGCUUGACACUGUUUUCAGCUGCCCCUUUUGUAAUCAUGGAAGCAGCGUGGAAUGCCGUAUUGAUAUGAAGAACUUGAUUGGUGAGGCUACAUGCGGGAUUUGCCAAGAGAGCUUUAGCAUGACUGUGACAGCUUUGACUGAACCUAUAGACAUAUAUAGUGAAUGGAUCGAUGAAUGUGAACGGGUCAACGCUGUUGAAGAAGAUGAUGGCGCUUAGGAGGGUAGUGCAGAUGUGCAGAAGUUCUGGUUUCACCCUUGGGUGAAAAAGAGCAGAAGUCAAUGUUUUCCUUCAAGGCCAACAUGGGAGUAUAUAAAUGUUUCGAACUAUUUGCCAGACGUGUAUCUGUAAUGAUGUUGGCAUUUUAAGGACAUGGUAUCUGGUGAAAUCGACCUAAUAUUGCUUUUAUGUGGUCGUGUGUUGUAUUUUAAGUUGGCAAUACAUCAAUCCGUGUUUGAGUACUAGCUGUAUUGAUCAUAUUUCUGAAACUCAGUUUUUAUAAAUUAAUAUGUUGUUUAUGGGGACUGUUUGAGACGAUUGAGUGCUGAA